AGAGAAGAUGAUAUGUUGACUGACGCUGACGUCAUAAAAGAUUGCCGGAAGUCCUACUGCAUUGGCAAUGAAAGAUGGCCGGGUUACUAAAAAAGACCACCGGCCUCGUUGGCCUCGCUGUCUCCCAGAAUCCUCAUGAGCGUCUACGAAUUCUUUAUGCAAAGAUCUUGGCAUCGCUGCAGACCAUGCCACAGGACGCCGCAUACAGGAAGUACACAGAGCAGCUGGUUAACGAGCGCUUUCACCAUGUGAAAACGGAGCCAGAUGUUGUGAAGCUAGAGCAGAAAAUAAACGGUGGACAGAUUGAAGAAGUCAUCUUCCAGGCGGAGUGUGAACUGAGUCUGUCCAGGAAGAUGGCUGACUGGAAACCAUGGGAGCCACUGGUGGAGGAGGCUCCACCCAACCAGUGGAAGUGGCCCAUCUGAAAUGAGUUCAUCUGUCAUUCUGUUGCUGUGUGUGUGAGUUCUGCUUCUAAUAAAGAAAAGUCUAGAAGAAA